AUGGAUCAGAGGGCGGAAGAACAGUUAUCAAAUUCUGCUGCUGGGAUGACGCCUUCGUCUUACACAACGUCAGCCAUGCCCGAGGCUCUCACACGGUUUGAUCCAGGCCCGGACAUCGAGUUGCGUCCUCUUACGUCGCCGAAGGACACAGCAAAAUCGAGUCUACGCGCGGAAACACAGCCCACUGCUACCCUCUAUAAGCGAUGGAUGCACUAUUUGAGGGAGUGGGGCUGGGAGAUGGCUGCAUGUUUGUGCAGCCUAAUUGGGUAUUGUGGAAUAGUUGGUCUGCUCAUAGCGUUUGAUGGCAAGACGCAGCCAGCUUGGCGUUAUGGUAUCACACUCAACUCUGCUGUGGCUCUGCUCUCAACUAUUACAAAAGGAUUUCUACUCGUACCAGCUGCCGCAUGCAUCAGCCAAUCAAUUUGGAUCAACUACGCGAAAAAGGAGCACUCAUUAGGCAUUUUGACGACUUAUGAUGCUGCUAGCCGAGGUCCUUGGGGCGCUCUGCAAUUACUUUGGGUUCUCAGGAGCAGGCGAUUAGCCUGCCUUGGUGCAGCUCUCACUGUUCUAGCAGUCGGCAUUGGUCCAGCGGUGCAACAGACUAUCGUAAUAGAAACGCGUUCAACACUUACGAGACAUCCUGCUACCAUAGCUCGGGCUCGCUCUUACUCACAGACACUUACCAGGGUCCAUGGCCCAGGAAAAUACGAUCCAGAAACGUUAGAUAUCAUACCGCUAGAAUUAAGCGGGUUAUUGUAUUCUGGCAUCUACCUCAACUCCAGAAGACUGGGGACCCUAGAUGUUGUACCAGAUUGCCCGACAAAUGACUGCAGGUUCCCGAGAUUCGACUCCCUAGCCGUAUGCUCCUCUUGCGAGGACCACACGCAAAUGAUAGAAAAAUCUUGUUUCACUAGUAAAACGUCGUGGAAACCUAAGAGCUAUGGCAAGAAUGUUACCUAUUGCAACUUUUCGCUACCCAACGGGCUCCGGAUCAAUCAAUCUCUUUCCGAUGCCUCUACCAUCGCGGCGAGCGUACAGCCAAGAGAUCGAUCGUCUGAAGAGCCGGAUGUUAUCAACGUAUCAGUGCUGAACGCAUCCGCCAGCGAUCUCAAUGCAUCUGCGGAAGCUGUUGAAAGUUCUUUGUCUUGGUGCGUGAAAACAUAUGAAGCAGCCGUUGUCAACGACAGCCUUGUCGAACAUGAGGUGCAAUCCCAGAGAACAUGGACUGUUAGCGGACUUUCAUGGAAUAUGAGCCUUCCUGGUCAUAGUAAGAGCAGUGCAUCGCAGUUUACGGUGUGGAGAACUCCCUCCUUCUCAAUUUAUAAUUAUUUGAGACAGAGAUUUACCUUCAGUAAUAGUAGGUAUGUCGAGUGGCUCGACCGUUUUGCCGAUGAAGAUUCUUUCAUGUUCAGCGCUGAUACUACGAGUAAUUUCUCUUUCGACGCACCCCCAGCGGCGAUCCUCUGGGACACGCUGGAGAUGGUGAACGCAGUUGGUUCCAAAGAGAUGUUCUCCAAUAUCGCUAAGGCAAUGACAACGUUCAUUCGCACAGAUGGCAACAACCAAGAACAAGCGAUCAAAUCCGACGACAUCAUGUUUGACUUGAGCCCUAUGGAGCCCGUGGUCGGCACAGCAUGGACCUUAGAACUCUACAUUAGGGUUCGAUGGCCGUGGCUCACAUUUCUGGGCUUUAUACUCCUGUUGACAAUUGUAUUCCUCGUCCUCACGAUACAUCAGUCCUUCAAGUACAAGGUUGCUGCUUGGAAGUCCGAGCCACUUGCUCUCAUGUAUCAUGGACUGGAGUCGAAUAAAGAAGACGACCAAUGUUUUGACAACGUCGGUGAUAUGCAGAAGCAUAGUACCAAGGUCAAAGUGCGGCUUCAGGAAACUGAAUCGGGGCUAAGACUGGCGGAAUCAGAUGCAUAA